GGGCCGGGGGCCAGGAUGGAGCCCCGGCCGGGGGCCUGCCAGUACGCCCAUGUGCAGCUGCAGGGGGGCGCGCCCUGGGGCUUCACUCUCAAGGGGGGGCUCGAGCACGGCGAGCCGCUCCUCGUGUCUAAGAUUGAAGAUGGAGGCAAAGCUGCCCUGUCCCGGAAGAUGAGAAUUGGGGACGAGCUGGUGAAUAUCAAUGGUACCCCAUUAUACGGCUCCCGACAAGAAGCUCUCAUCCUCAUAAAAGGCUCCUUCCGAAUCCUGAAGAUGAUUGUCAGGAGGAGAACCACCCCCCUGGCCAGGCCGCAUUCAUGGCACAUGGCCAAACUGCUGGAGGGGCGCCCUGAGGCGGCAGCUGCCUCCAUGAACUUUCCUGAAGACCCCUUCAGCUUAUCCUGGCAUUCGGGCUGUGACACCAGUGACCUGUGCAUGCAGUGGUACCCACUGUCCCGCCACGGCAGCACUGAAAAGAGCAGCUCCAUCGGCAGCAUGGAAAGCCUGGAGCAGCCCAGCCAAGUGUGCCACGAGGGCCAUGUCUCCCCCGUGGAGCAGAGCACGUAUCAGAGUCAGCGGGACUCAGCCUAUAGCUCCUUCUCCGCAGGCUCCAGUGCAUCAGACUACGCCCUGCCCCUGCGGCCCGAGGAGACGGCAGCCUCAGACUGCAGCCCACCAGGCCUGGGGCCGGCCAAGGCGUCAAAUGGCCUCUACCUCCACGCGGGGCCUGAUGGGGCAGCAGGGCCAUUCGGUCAUCAGCCUUCACCCAGCCCCCAGGAGGGUCCUCUCUCUGGCCCUGCCCAAGUUCCUGGGGCCCUUCCAAGUCCUCCCCAGCCUCCAGUAAGGCGGGACAGCCUUCGGGCCUCCAAGGCCCAGUUCCACCAGACAGAGAAGCGGAGGGCCUCAGUCCCUGGCGUUGCCUUAUACCUGAAGGAGAGAUGGAACCCUCAGACCCUGCUCUCCUCAGACCUCCCCACUGGGCCCUGCUGCCCCUGCAGCCAGCUCCUAGAGCCCCACGACGGCCACUGGAAGGAGUGUCUGUCUGACGAGCAGUACUGCGUGGUGAGCUGCCCGUCCGAGUUGGGUCACUGUGAUCCUGGGCGACUGUUGAGGGGCGGCCCUCGGAGGACAGGGCGGCCUUGCCAGGACCAAGUCGUGUCCAGCAGCCCUGGGGGAGAGACUGAAGAGGAAGAGGCAGCCACUGCCACAGCCACCGCCAUCCCUGCCCACCUUACUGGGCUGACCGGCCACCGUCACAGCGCUCCUGAGCAGCUGCUGGCCUCCCAGAUUCGAUCACUGCACCUCGGUGUUGAGAGGGAUGGGGACAGUGAGGGGGCUGAACUGCAGGCCAGGCCGGAGGGGCAUUGCUGGACCCUGUCUCCCCUGCACGGUGCCCCCCCGGGACAGAAAAGCCCUUGCCACCCCGUGGCAGGAGCCCAGAAUAAGCCUGGCGAGAAGAGGACCAGGGGACAGGCAGGUGGCCAACCUUUGACUUCUGAAAGCUCGGGUCAGAGCAGCCCCACUCCCGGGGGAUCCUCCAGCGAAGCAGGAGCCGUCCAGCUCUCUGGCCUGGAGGAUGCCCCUCAGCAGGCCAGCUCUGACGAGGGCUUGGAGGCCAAGAACAGCCGCCCGGGAGACGUUCGCGGGAGCAGCGGCACGCGCUACCGCUCCACCCAGCUGAGACGCAGGAGUGAACGCUUUGCCACCAACUUGCGCAACGAGAUCCAGAGGAGGAAGGCCCAGCUGCAGAAGAUCAAGGGGGAGUCGGAGGAGCCAGAACCCGUACAGGAGAUAGAGGAGACUGCCGAAGAGGCCACCCCUGCAACCGCGCCGUCUCCACAGCCGCCAGCUCCCGCUCCUGGGGCCUCCCUGCCUCUCCCUGCCCCUCCUCAGACACCUGCAGUGACGGCUCAUCGUGGCCUGCCUAGCCCAGUAGACCGCUUCUUGGAUCAGACUCGACCUAACGGUAACCUGCUGAGGGCCAGGUCCUCAGAGUGCUUACGCCAGGCAACGGGAAGCCAGGAAUUGAGGACCCCGCUGGAGGGCCCUGGCAGCCCCGGCCAGAGGCCCUGGCAGGCUGCAGCAGGACUCCACCCCUGGUGCAAAGCUCCUGGGCAUGGCCCUUCCAAGCCCAGGCCCCAACCUGGGGUUCGGGGAGGCCGCUGGCGAUGGUCUCCAGAGCGGAAACUGCAGCCUCAGCUGAUGCCCAUGCCAAGCGGAGGCCUGCACCUGAGUGAGGAGGAGCUGGGUGGCCCUUCUGGGGAGGAGGGCAUCUUCGUGCCUUUCGCAGAUAGGAAGAAGUUUUUUGAAGACACCAGCAAGUCAUUGCCGCCACCAGCUUCAUCCCUUGGACACAAUAAACCCUUUACCCUGAGGCCGAAACCACUCGACCCACCUGCCUUCCAGCCAGUGAGUGCCGGCUGCAGGGAUCUGAGGCGCCACUCCGUGGACCAAGCUUAUCAUUCCUUGACCUCCCUGCCCCCUGAGCCAGCCACUUAUUCAGAAUGCUUUGUGACCAAGGAACUGGAGCAGCCCACGUGUUACCAGCCCCUGGCACACUGUGGGGACUUUGAGUGCCUGCGGCCCUGCUCGUGCUCAUGUGGCAUUCAGGCAGCUGUGGGCCGUGACACAUUCAGUUACUGCCCCGUCCUGCUGCAGAGGAGUCACCGCUGCCGCCCCCAGCACUGGGCUCACUGCCCAGCCUGUUGUCACCCCGGGACUCAGCAUAAGGUCGGAGAAGAGGGCAGCCCUUCCUGGAAGGAAGUUUCUCCAGAUGAAUGGGAAUCAGCGAAGAUCACCAGGAAGGCCGGCCAGCCUGUGAGGGACCGGCCUCAUUAUAAGAUUGGCUGCCCACGCGCUUGCUUUGAGAGCCCUGGGCGUGAGCGGUCAGCGUGUUACCGAGUGGCCUCCUCCCUUGACCUCUUGUGUGACUACGAUCACUCAGUGGGGACCCUGACGGGCAGUGCUGUCUAUGAGCAGGGCAGCUUCGGGGUCGGACCCCGUCCGCUUCGGGGUCGGGCCUUCUCGGAGAGUCACAUCAACUUGGACCCUCCAAGCACACGGGCUAGAGAGAGAAGAGAGCUCUUGACCAAAGUGGACGAGACCCGGCCAGAUCCUCUGGGAGCAAGAAAGAAGGCCCCACCUCCCCCACGGCCCCCACCUCCCAACUGGGCGAAAUACAGGGGCCACCGGCUAUCUCAGCACUCCCAGUAUGCCGGCCUAGAGACCUCAGGCAGCCGGCGGUCUGACACAGCCCUGGAGCAGCCUCGCCCCCAGGGGGCCCAGGUGGAGGUGGGAAGGAAGAGAUCCCAGAGCCUCCCUCCGGAGCCACAACCUACAGGUGACAGGCCUCAGCACUACCACCCUGCUGGGGUAUGGAGAAUGCCAGAGCAGUUGGGCCUCAAGCCAGAUCCCGCAGCCUCAGCCAGAUCUGAAGCACUGGUAGAAGAUCAUCCCAAAGCCAAAGACAACUGGAGCCAGGGCCGUUCACCUGCCGAGGAGCAGUACCGUCUAGUUAAUUGGAGCCCAGAGCAGCAACGGCUCAGCCCUGCCGGCCUUGCCACAGAAGAAGCUGGGCCUGUACAGGACGUCACAGAGGUUGAGACCUGCCGCUUGGUCUCAACGCGGAGGUCAGCCUCGGCCCACAUCAGCUCAGAGGAGCUAAUGAGAGACGUGGCAGACGGGGAUCGGUCACUGGCUGGCAUUCUGAGCUCAGCCUCCAACAUGGUAACAGUUGCAGAGGUCAUGGGCGACCUCUUCCCCACCGAUGAUCUGCCUUGGAAAAAACACGUCCGCCAGGAUUGGCAUUUGGUCAGAAGAAGACAGGAGGUAGCCAAGGAAAGACAGGAAUUCCAACCCAUCUCCCCCCCGCCACCGCCUGGCAGCUUCAGCAGCCCUACCAGCCCCACCAGCCCCACCAGCCCCACCAGCCCCACCUGUCCCACCUCCUACUCUGCCUACUACAACACCUCAGCUGGCAAAGCGGAAUUGUUGAACAAGAUGAAGGAGCUGUCCCAGUUGACCAAAGACUCCCUGGGAGAGGCUGAAGUGGACCAUGAGCUGGCUCAAAAGAAGCUGCAGCUCAUCGCCAGCAUCAGCAAGAAGCUGUCCGUGCUGCAGGAGGCCCAGCGGGGGCUGAUGGAAGACAUCAGCGCCAACGUUGCCUUGGGGGAGGAGGUCGAGGCUGUGCUGAAGGCCGUCUGCAAAAGCAAUGAGUUUGACAAGUUUCGGCUGUUUAUCGGUGACCUAGACAAGGUGGUCAAUCUGCUGCUGUCCCUUUCUGGGAGGCUGGCCAGGGUGGAGAACGCCCUUAACAGCCUGGACCCUGAAUCCACUCAGGAGAAGCUUGCACUGAUGGAGAAGAAGCGACAGCUGACGGGACAGCUGGAAGAUGCCAAGGAGCUGAAGGAGCACGUGGACCGGCGGGAGAAAGCCGUGUAUAGCACGGUGUCCCGCUACCUGCUUCAGGAGCAGCUCCAAGAUUACCGGCACUUCGUGAAGAUGAAGUCGGCCCUCAUCAUGGAGCAGCGCGAGCUGGAGGAGAAGAUCAAACUCGGGGAGGAGCAGCUCAGGUGUCUCCGGGAGAGCCUCCUGCUGGGUCCCCGAGAUUCCUGAGGCUCUAGUUGAGAGGCGGGGGGUGUGAGGGAGGGUCUGCGCAGAGCCACCCAGAGCUUCCCAGAGAGGUGGCCACAGUCCGGCCCUCCCUCCCUCCAUCUGCCCACCUCGUGCUAACUGCCCCAGCCCCAAGAAGUGCCUUCUGUUGCUAAGAACCCAAAGAGACCCCCCGCCCCCUCUCAGCCCCAGAACCUGCUUACAGAUGCUUUCCAAGGCAGAUCGCCUGUGCCCAUAGACUCCUCUGGCCCAAGCCUGCUGGAUCUGCCUCUGU